AUGGUUCGAAAAACGGCAAUCGGGAUUGAUUUGGAUAACACAUACUCAUGUGUGGGUAUAUGGCAACACGGAAAAGUGGAGAUCAUCGCCAACGACCAAGGUAACAGGACCACCCCGAGUUAUGUAGCGUUUACAGACACCGAACGAUUGAUCGGAGACGGAGCCAAGAAUCAAGUGGAUUUGAAUCCCAGCAACACGGUGUUCGAUGCAAAACGUUUGAUCGGCCGGCGAUUCGACGACGAGAAGACGCAAGCGGACAUGAAACAUUGGCCGUUCAAAGUAGUCAGCGACUGCGGAAAACCAAAAGUCCAAGUAGAAUUUAAAGGAGAGCGAAAAGUUUUCGCGCCUGAAGAGAUAAGUUCGAUGGUAUUGACUAAGAUGAAAGAGACCGCCGAAGCAUAUUUGGGUCGUAAUGUCACGGACGCUGUUAUAACGGUGCCGGCAUAUUUCAACGAUUCGCAGAGGCAAGCGACCAAGGACGUGGGCGUCAUCGCCGGUCUGAAUGUGAUGAGGAUAAUCAACGAGCCGACGGCUGCGGCUUUGGCCUACGGUCUGGACAAGAACCUAAAAGGAGAAAGAAACGUGUUGAUAUUCGAUCUGGGCGGUAGUACGUUUGACGUGUCCGUGUUGCAGAUCGACGAGGGACCAAUUUUCGAAGUGAAAUCUACGGCGGGGGAUACGCACUUAGGAGGCAAAGACUUUGAUAAUCGGCUAGUGUCUCAUUUGGCGGAGUUCAAGAGAAAGUUCAAAAAGGAUGUUAAGAGCAACCCUCGAGCGUUGAGACGGCUGAGGACCGCCGCGGAACGUGCCAAGAGAACCUUGUCGUCCAGCUCUGAAGCCACCAUUGAGAUUGACGCCCUGAUGGAAGGCGUCGAUUUCUAUACCAGGGUAUCUCAGGCCCGUUUCGAGGAGCUGUGCGCAGACCUGUUCAGAGCGACCUUGCAACCGGUGGAGAAGGCGUUGGUGGACGCCAAAUUGGACAAAGGAGCCAUACAUGACGUGGUGCUCGUGGGUGGUUCUACGAGAAUCCCGAAGAUCCAGAGUCUGCUUCAAAACUUUUUUUGGGGGAAGUCGCUCACUCUAUCAAUUAAUCCGGACGAAGCGGUAGCGUAUGGCGCUGCCGUACAGGCGGCCAUUCUUAGUGGCGACACGAGUUCUGCCAUCCAAGACGUGUUACUCAUGGACGUGACCCCUCUGUCACUGGGAAUCGAGACCGCGGGAGGCGUGAUGACCAAGAUCGUUGACCGCAAUUGCACCAUACCGUGCAAACAAACCCAGACGUUUACUACUUACGCGGACAAUCAACCGGCCAUCACUUUACAGGUGUUUGAAGGAGAUAGGGCUAUGACCAAGGACAACAAUCUUUUGAGGACUUUCGACUUGACCGGCAUACCCCCAGCACCCCGAGGUGUGCCUAAGAUCGAUGUAACAUUCGAUCUGGACGCUUACGGUAUAUUAAACAUAUUGGCCAAGGACAACAGUUCAGGUCGUUCCAAGAACAUUGUCGUCAAAAACGAUAAGGGCCGUUUAUCUCAAGCCGAAAUCGAUCGCAUGCUCAGCGAAGCUGAACGGUACGAAGAAGAGGACGAACGACAACAAUUCAAGAUUGCGGCAAAGAACCAGUUGGAGAGCUAUGUGUUCGGCGUAAAACAAGCAUUAGACGAGGCUGGUAACAAGUUGACCGAAUCCGAGAAAAAUGCCGGCAAACAGUAG